AUGGCAGAGCUCGCCUUAGCUAUCGUGAGUUCUGUUACCGCUGGCAUUGACACGUGGGCGAAGAUCGACAAAGCCCUGAACUCGAUCAAAAACGCGCCGACCUACAUCGAAGAUUUGAGAUUGCAGGGACCAGUGCUGGUCACGUCGCUUGCUAUGAUGCGGGACAAGAUCAAGACUCGUCCGAACAAUUUGACAUCAACGGAGCAGGACUUUUACAAAGCCAUCAUUGGGUUCACAAACCGCUUCGAGGACAAUCUCAAAGAGCUGGAGAACAUACUGCUCACACAAGAGCGUGGUAAAAAAUCCUGGUAUUAUUUUAAGCUUCAACGUAAAGUGGACCGCCAGUUAAAGGAGAGUCUAAGUCGCAAUAUCGAGAUGUUCCAUCUAAGUGCUUCUUUCCUGUCAAUAUUGGCUACUCCAUCCACAUCUGCGUCGGGUCUUGUUGUUCCAGUCGAUGAGUUAACACGAUUUAUCGAGAGCAUCAGCGAUGACAAUCCCAAGCAACUAGACGAAGGGGAACAGUCCGAUGUAGACAAACUUAAAACAGCGCUGCGCGAAGUUGCAUACGUGACAUUUCGGCAAACCCUUUCGAGCUCUGCAACCGAUAAAACAACCUCGCCAGUACUGCCAAAUAUACCCAGCAACAACGAAGUACCCAGGCGGUAUCUGGGUGUCAUCAGGAACAAAGAGCUAGGAGACAGAUUUCGAAACGCCAUAUCUCUCACCAAACGCAUGUACAAUGAAGCGCCACCAGCUUUCGCCAACAGAGCAUACGAAGAAGCGAUGCAACAUCGAAAAAUGAUGCAGUCAGCGGAUGCAGAUGCGAUUGAGGAUCCUGUUGAAUUGGAGAUCCUCCAUAUCCGCAUCAUUAAUGCAUGUGUCCCGUCCGACAAAUCAUAUAAAUCGCUCCAAGACGAGCAAUUGACGAAGCUGAGGGAUAGUCUUCUUAAAGAAAAUCCAGAACUUCGCGACAAACAGGAGAAGGUCGGAAUCCUUUGCGCCAGCCUACACGACUACGAUGGAGCGAUAGAUCUUCUGAGACUUUCACUGGAUACGUACUUACCUGAUCCUCAUUUGAGUAAUACUUAUUUGCCUGAUCACGACCCAAACAAAGACAAGAUAAAGCAAAUAUCCAUGUUGGUAGCCGAACAAUACGAGCGUUCCAACCAAUCCAUCGAACUACUUGCUUUCAAGGAGGCCUUGCUCGACAGUCUGACAUACGACCCUACAUCGGAGCCCAAUGCAGUCAACAAUACGAUCGAGUGGUGCCGUCAACACAAGUUUCAGGCUAUGAAGAGAGAUGAGUGUCUUUACAUACCUGAGUAUUUGGCCAACGGUACGCUACUUCACAGGGCAGCUGCGGAUAUGCAUAUCCAGCCCGAGGUUAUCCAUUAG